AUGCUCAGUCACAGGUGAUUGUCACGCGACCAUUCUAUGUUUUCUUCCAAAUUUCCUUAAAAUGCAGYAUCUUAACCUUUCAAAGGUGGUGGGAUCUCCUAUUUCAAGCUAAUAGCAAAGACAUCAUGUCUACCAAAAUAGUCAYGAAGCUGUUGGAACUUAUUUUCGUGAUCACAUGUUGACAUAAUAGCUCGCUGCUUCCUUCGAAUCGUAACGCCGCUUUUGUAAUUGUUCUCCGUUUUUCGUCAUGUUUCUACUGAAUGAAAGUCCUACCAACUCUACCAAACCUGAAAAGAAGAUUAAAGAAGAYUGGUGUAAUAGAAUAUUGUAUGAAACAAUUAGUGGCAAGUAAGAUUCGUAUWCUGGAUAUCAUUCUUCUGGUCCCCAAUGCAAUAUUCUUAAUAUUUCUGUUCUAUGGACUAUCUGUUGCACAUACAAAGUUUUCAAGAGUCAGAACACCAAUUGUCAGGACAAUCUAUUCACUUGUAUUUGCUGACAGCAUGACUGGGGUUUUGAAAAGCUUCAUUAGUAUGUUCUUGACAAUACAUUUUGUGGAGGACCAGAAAAAUAAUGUGGCCAUUGAGGUUUUAUGGCUUGCGUGGAGAUGUUUUGUUCUUGGWGUUGAACUCUGUGUAAUUAUUUUUGCACUCUUUUCAGUUGAUAACAGGUUUGGAGUUAGAAGAGUCAUCUUGGUAUCGGCAUUAGUAGCUGUUAUUUUUACUGCAACACAGGCAUUCUUAGAAUUUCAGACCAAAAAAGAUGAUAUAUAUGGUGGAAAAUAUGCRCUCUUUCAACAUGGAGGAAUGAUGUUCUGGUUUAUAAGUUCUGUUGUUUUUGGAACUGUUUAUUGUCUGAUUGUAAUUUUACCUUUUACAAGACUCAGGGAGUACCGUAUAUUCCCAGCCAAAAAGUCCUUCUACUGGUAUUGUGGAGUUUUAUCUGUUGUGAAUAUUCUUCAAAGCAUUGGUAGUGGUCUAGUGGCUUUUGCUAAAAAAUCAGUUGGAGUAUGUCUUGUUGACUUCACAAGUAUCUGCUAUUUUGCACUGUUUGCUCCGUUGGUGUACUGCGUGUUUCUCUCAGAUUUUCUUGGAAGUAACACAGAUUACUUGUUAACAACACAAUCGAACACAUCAGAGACAUACCAACCAAUYCCRGACAAGCUUCUUGAAGGGCACAAUGGCACUGAYGGSGAUUCUGAUAGUGACGAUGAUGAUGAUUAUGUACCUAAGUAUACUCAAUAUGGGGCAAUUUCAUGAUGUAGCGCAUAUCCAUAUAGAAGUGGAAGUGAAUUAGAACAAAGAAGAAGUGAAGUAGAUUACGAACAAACCAUUGAACUGAGGCAUCAAGGAAAACUUUCUUUUCUUUUGUAUACUUGCCGUAACUUGAUGCCUCAUUUCAUUGCUUUGUUCAUGGUCAAUGAACUGUGUAUGGAAUUCAGUCAGCUCUAGUUAUUACGGACAAUCUAUAGGGACCGUAAUUUAGUGUCUGCAGUAGUGAGAGUCUGUAGUAACGGGUCAGUUACUUUCAGACAUUUCUUCAAAUUUUUCAGUAUUUCAGUAUAAUUUCCUCUCCGCAAUAUUGAGGUGUCUGUUAUACGGGGUGACCGCAAGGCAAGAGUUGACUGUUUCAUGAAUUUUGUAGAUAGAUUGAAAGCCUGGUCAUUAACUUUUAGGGAAUAGUAGUUACAUUUAAACAGUGUUACACAAAAUGGGUUGUCACAUAUAUUAUAUCUUUUCCUUUGAUAGAAAUUUUAGUUCACUUGCCUCGAUGGUCACCUAGUCCCCAGCUAUUAUAUGUGAAUUCGCCAAAACUGAUUGUAAACACUCGCACUAAGAAACUCUAUAGGGGAACGAGUAAGGACUGUAUUAAUGCACCAAAAUAUCAAGUUAGAUAUCAUUCCCAAAAUAGAAAUUGUAUUAUAGCAUUACCUAGACUAACUUUUUUACAAUAUGCCUGUCAUUUGGCAUUGUUGAUGGGAAGUCCAGGGUGCAUUUCAACUGAACACUGACUUAGAUAACAUUUUUAUUGUUCAAUAACRAUCAAUUUGAACCUUCGAAAACCUAAUUGAAACCUCAAAACAGAAUGUMUUUUCAAGUAGAUUGUACCUGCAAUUCUUGAUUAGCUUACUUUAACUAUGGACUUGUAAACUUAACACAACAAUGUCAAAUGGCAAUAAAUGUUCAAAUGUAGGCGUGCUGUAGACAUGACUUCAAAUAUAUAUUCUCAAUCUGUUUAGGAUGAUUAAUACAAUAUCUUUGUCCAUUUAGUAUAAAGGGAUAAUGAAGAUUAAAUUAUACAUUAUCAUAUUAAAAUAUAACCAAGUCCUCAAAAGAGAUGAUACUCUUGAUCCUUGGUCUUCUUAACCAGGUAUGAAGGAAAUAUUUCCAAUAUUAAAAUGAGAAUUAAACUUACAAUCAAUAUAGAAAGUGCUAUUUCAUAGCACAUGUUUUAAAUGUAAAUUAAAUAUACUAUUACUUUUCAGAAACUUAUUUUAAUAAAAAUCAUAGAAAAUUGCAA